AUGGCUUGGCAUGAGAGGCAUGAAGUGUGGGAGCCAUUCUGCCUUAACGCUGAGUCAAUGUGGUCCGGCUCAUCUUGGGAAGCCAUAGUAUUGCUUAUGGUCUUCCUUCUUGGAGGCAUUGAUGAGAAUAAUGACCUGAUCCCCAACAUAGUCGCCUAUUUAUGUACAAGGUUUUUUUGUUCACGCAACUCUAAAUGGACAUGGGUUGCUGCAAAGAACGAGUGA